UCAGAACGAGCAAGUAUCCAUGAUCUGAGUGGUUGGUGAAGUGUGAAAAACUGCAUAAUAAUUACUUAUUUUGUGACAGUCACUGAAAUCACGCGUGAGUGAUAGAAGAAGAUAGAGGUACCUAAUAAGUGUAGGUACUUGUAUCGCGAUGCCUCACGAAGUGGAGAGUGCAAACGGGAACGGUGCGCACGCGCCGGUGUCUUCAAGGAAGAGCUCGGAGAGCCCGCCGCCGCCACCAGAUGGCGGGUGGGGCUGGGUCGUGGUCUUCGCCUCCUUCAUGAUACAUAUAGUCAUUGACGGGCUGACCUAUUCGUUCGGUGUUUUAUAUUAUGAGUUCCUGGUCUACUUCCAAGAGGGUGAAAGCAAGACUGCGUGGAUCGUCUCAAUACUUUGUGCGAUCACACUCAGUUCAGGUCCUUUAACGGGUUCGAUGGUGAACCGUUGGGGCUGUCGCCUGGUGACGAUAUUGGGAGGUGUGCUGGCGGCCGCCUGCAUCAUCGCGUCGGCCUUCGCCAACAACGUGCUGAUGCUCAUCCUCACCAUCGGCGUGGGCGCCGGCUUCGGCUGCGGCCUCAUCUACCUGCCCGCCAUAGUCAGCGUCACCGUAUGGUUCGAGCGGUAUAGGAGUCUUGCUACAGGCAUUGCAGUAUGUGGUUCAGGACUUGGAACGUUUAUUUUUCCGCAUUUAACAAAGGGCCUAAUCUCCAGCUACGGCUGGCGUGGGGCCUUGGUUAUUAUAGGCGCCCUUAUAUUAAACUGCAUCCCAUUAGGUUUUCUGUUUCUACCAGUACCUGAGGUGCCCAGAUCACCGGCCAGCGAACCGAUGCUUACAAAACAAAAGAAAUCGGCUCUGAAAAAGUCGCAAAGUACCGAGCACAUGGAUCGAGCAAACGGCCAUAAAGAAGAGGGCGAUGUGGCUAGAAUGACUCUCUCACAGCCCGCCCUGAACAAAUCUCACGAGUCUAAGCAGCAGCCUCAUUCUAGACAUGGCAGCGGCAUCAUGCACAGACCAGAUGUAUUAUACCAAGGAAGUAUGGCGAGCCUCACGAAAUGCAGGGCUUCAUCUCCAGAAAGAAUUCAGAUUAUGACCAAAGACGAGGAAACCGAAUCACCGUUAUCGAAAAUGCUCGAUGUAACUUUAUUGGUGGAUCCCAUAUUUGUAUUAUUCUCUGUAUCAAAUAUUUUGACAAAUAUAGGGUUUUAUAUACCUUAUGUUUAUACUGUUAUCAUGAGCUCCAAGUUGGGCGUUGAAAAUCCGGAACGAUUAAUUUCUAUAAUGGGAGCGACUACUUUAAUCGGGAGAAUAGUUCUGGGCUUCGUCAGCGACAAACCUUGGGUGAACAGGCUGGUGGUCUACAACGUGUGCCUGGCGACAGCUGGCAUCAGUAUGGCUUUCGCAGCCGCGUGCACAGAAUUCUGGGGUCUGGCCAUGUAUGCGGCGACAUACGGUUUCACGUCCGGGGCAUACGUGGGACUAACGUCGGUGGUUCUGGUCGACCUUUUUGGGAUGGAGAAACUCACUAAUGCCUUUGGGCUGUUGCUGUUUUUCCAAGGCAUCGCGUCACUAUUCGGCGCUCCUCUUGCAGGAUGGCUCAUUCAAGCCACGGGCUCGUAUACGCCCACGUUCAUCGGAGCCGGGGCCUUCGUGUCGAUUAGCGGUUUGAUGCUGUUCGUGGUUCCCUUGAUACAGCGGCGUCGGCGCACUAGUGCUAUGCGCGUACGCUCAUCACAGGACCUAGCUUUGGACCACAUGUAGCGCCUUGGCAAUAUGGUGCGCGGUUAGCUCUUGAGGCCAAUUCUGUGCCUAAUAGAUAAGAGUAUUCGAUUUCCGUUCUGGGAGCCGAUUUGAAUGUCGACCAUUCGAUUUCGCGAAUUUUGUUCAAUAAUAUCUCCACUAUAUUGUGGUCAUUACCACUAAAUUUAAAAUAACUAGCCGUAUUUUUUCGUCGUUUUCUACAGAUUUUAGAACGGCGAACUCAUGAGUUCGAAAUUCUAAAAUUCUGGUGUUACACGUAUCAUAACGACACGAAACCCGAAACAAUUUUUAAAAUGAGAUUCAGACUAUUUGCUGGUUAAGCAGAAAUAACAGGGUAUACUUAACGCUUAAUGCUCAUAAUUAGUAGAUCAUAAUGAUAGGCACUUUUAAAAAGAUUAAAAUAGUUAAGGCCUUUUAAGUAUAGCUUAUCUUAGCAACGAAUGAAUGUGAUAGUUUUUAUGACAGAAGCAUUAAAUUCAUUCCAAAUUCCAAAGAUAGUAGGUAAAGUACAUUGUAUAAGGUAUGACGAAAGAGAAAUAACAUGUAAAUAAGUAUACAUAUUGUGGUAUUUAACGAAAUGGUGCAAUAAUAAUUUAUUUAUAU